UCAGUCUUCAGUCAUUCACUCAUUCAUUUGUUGUGUAGUUGAACCGGGCAUAAAUGUGAAUAAUAAUCUUCGUACCAAGAGUAGUUAAAGUUUCAUAAAAUAUUUGCUGUGAUAAUUGGAAAUAUUGGUGAUUCCGAAUUACUGAACUGAUUAUUAAAGGAAAUAGGUUGAUCACUAAAUUUUUCGAUUUACAAGUAUCAAAAUAAUAAAAAUAUCGUUCUACUUCGUGAAACAUUCGCAGUAGGACGUGGAAACAAGGAAAACCUGCUCCGCUUACUGUGACUUUAUUAACUAGAAUUGAAUAAGAAUGUCGAAGUUUCUGUUGGCGAGAAAAUGUCUCGAAGUUUUGACAACACUCGGAGGAACUAUUCCCGAAGGAGCCGCACAAUCUACAAAACUUGUUCGAGCCCUUGCAACUCAAGCCGGCAAAGUGCGACAGACAACGGGUGGCAUCGAGCAGCAACAAACAAGUGAUCCAGAAACAAUUCAUGCUCGCUUACAUCAACGAUUAACAUCAUUGUUUGAGGAUGAAUGCAGGCGGGACUUGAUUGUGCCGUCCUUCAAGCGAGCAUUGCUAUACGGUGAAAAAUCUGCUAUAAGAGAUCAGACCAGAGACUACAGUUUCAUCCAAAUCUACGAAGCAGUUAAGCGACUUGCUUUGCAAAUUUCCAAUAGUUGUGGAAGUGCAUCGCAGUCACGUGUAGCAUUUAUUUGUCCUAAUGAUGUGACAUAUGUUAUCAGUCAAUGGGCAUGUUGGUUUUCGGGACAAAUUGCCGUCCCAUUGAAUCCUAGCUAUCCAUUAAAUUUGUUGGAAUAUUAUAUAAAAGAUUCGGAUGCAUCACUGCUAAUAGCUACACCAGAAUUACAAAAUAUUGCUCAACCAUUGGCAACAAAGCUAGAUAAACGUCUUCUUCUUGUUAAUCACGAUUUGCUGAAUUCUAGCAAACCGUAUACGCAAGAACCGGAAAUUUCGCAUCUAGAUCCUAGGAAGGAGCAUCUUCUACAACUUCACGAUACCAUGGUAGUGGAAGGUUGCCUAAACGGAGAGUUCUAUCGUGAUGCGAAUGCACUAAUUCUCUAUACUUCCGGCACAACUGGAAAUCCGAAAGGAGUGGUUUUAAGCUAUGCCAACUUGGACGCACAAUUUAAUGCCCUUUCUCAUGCUUGGCAAGUUACCGGGGUAGACUCAGUACUACAUACACUUCCGUUGAACCACGUUCAUGGUACAGUGGUUGCACUUAAUUUGCCAUUGUCAGUGGGAGCCAAGUGUGUAAUGCUACCAAAGUUCGACAGUAGUAGCGUGUGGAGUUAUCUAUUAAAUGUGAACAUGACUACGAAGGAAAGAGUAAACAUCUUCUUUGGUGUUCCAACUAUGUACAGUUUGUUGAUCAAAGAAUAUGAUAGUGUUUUUGGUAAAAAUGCGAGAAUGUGUGAUUAUGUGAAAACACAUUGCAAGAAUAAGAUCAAAUUGAUGGUAUCUGGAUCCGCUCCACUGCCGGGAAGUAUUUUCAAUCGCUGGCAUAGUAUUAGCGGUCAUCAUUUAUUGGAACGGUAUGGAAUGACCGAAACGGGAAUGAUUAUUUCAAAUCCAUAUAUUCAAGAUAAGUCCCGUACUCGCGAACCAGGUUGCGUCGGAAUGCCUCUUCCUGGCGUUAGUGUGAAAAUUGUGGAGACGGAAUCUCGCAAGGAACAUAUCUUCGAAGGAACUACAAAUCAAGGAUUUUGGGACAAUUCGGUAGAUGCGAAUUUACACAAUUCAGCAGAAUGUCUACCACCAGCGUCUGGUGAAAUUUACGUUAAAGGUCGUUCCGUGUUUCAACAGUACUGGCAAAAGUUGGACGAAACAAAGGCAGCGUUUGAAAAUGAAUGGUUCAAAACAGGGGAUACGGCUGAAUACGUCAAUGGUACUUUCAAACUACUGGGUCGCGCUUCUGUAGACAUCAUCAAAUCAGGUGGAUACAAAUUGUCUGCUCUCGAAAUCGAAACCGCGCUUCACGAAUAUCCAGAGAUCACAGAUGCCGCUGUGGUGGGAGUACCAGACGAAACAUGGGGAGCCAAAGUAGUUGCAGUAGUUAGUGUGAAAGACAUCGAAACAUUCAGUAUACCACAACUAUUAACGUGGUUAGAGCAAAAGUUACCUAAACAGGCAAUUCCGAGAGAGAUAAAAGCGAUUACAGAAGUUCCACGGAACGCAAUGGGUAAAAUCAACAAAAAAGACUUAAUUCAGAAGUUGUUCAGCGAUGUCAAGCCUGAGCAAGAAAAAGUUGUGAAGUAAAAUGAAACAUGAUACCGAAACUUGGUAUGUCAUGUGUUCGAUGUUAUUAAAGUUUCACUUAUUACUAGUGAGGCAACAUUAAUAUUAGGUUCUUGUGAAAAUUGAAAGAUAGUGGCAAGCAGAUUACUAGUCAUAGUUUUUCGACUGUUUUGCAGCCAUCACUAAAAUAGUUAUUCGACUAAUAUUGACUGUUUGUACUAUUUCCUCAAACGUAUCGGAGUGAGUGUUAAACUCUGUGUUAAACAGCAACUGGCAAUGGCGAAUAAAAUUCGGAUCAACUUCAUAAAGUAAAAUAAAA